UGGAAAAUCCCUGAAAUUGUGGGGUUAAGUUUAAAUGAAAAUGUCAACAAGUCUACAAGUGUAAACUAAUAAAUAAGAUUAAUAAAAGGCAAAUAAUUGCAAGGUUUAGCAUGGUCUUAUAUCGAGUGCUUUUGAAUGUGAACGUGUUACUAACGGUGUCUGUGAGUGUGGCAGCUGUAUUGGGUGACUAUUUAAUCACCAUCUGUAACAGCCCCCUGGUCAAAGCCCUAUGUGAUAACAUUACUCACGCUCUUAUUGGGGGGCUCGCAUGGACCAUUUACUACUUAAACCGGGCUAAAACACUUGAGGAAUCCGAUCAGCGGCAUGGGGCCCUCGAAGUGCUUGCCUGCACCUUUUUAUCAUCGGUGAUCGAUUUGGACCACUUUAUAGCCGCGAGGUCCACCUUAUUAAAGAACGCCACAGCGUUGAUGCAGAGACCCUUUCUGCACUGCUCCACCACCCCCCUGGUGCUGUUUUUGGUUCUUUUACUAGUCAGCCAAACAUGGAAAGUCCCUGCUUUCAAGCAGGGGGCUUUGAUAGGGCUCACCGCUUUUGCCACCCAUCAUAUCAGAGACGCCGCUAGAAGGGGCCUCUGGCUGUACCCUUUUGGAAGCACUGCCCCUAUUCCAUACUGGCUCUAUAUUGCGCUGUGUGCUUUAGUGCCUUAUGUGGUUAUAUUUCUGGACAAAUCGCUUAAACAGCAGCAACGAGUGAUGACCAAUGAUGGCUACUCGCAUGUUGUCUAGGUUUGAUGAUAUGGCCACAUGCAGCUUCGUUCCUGGUUGCGGUAUAGAUGUAGAACCGAUUGAGCUCUAAAGCUCCAGUUGCCAUUGCCGGAUAGACCGUAAAUACAAGCACUUUUCUAUAUGAAACAUCAA